AUGCGAGUGCGAAUGCGAAUGGCGAUGGAGGUGAAGCGGAUGGAAAAGCGCUCUUGUUGCUGCUGCUCGCGCAACCGCAUAGUCCGAGUCCUCAGAAGGAAAAGAGGUUUGCGAGGAGAAGGGAUGCGAGAAGAGGCGAUUUGGCGCCUUUGAAUCGACGCGCUGGUGCUGCUUCUGGUUCUGGUUCGUCGGAGAGCAGCGAAGAAGAACAAGAAGAGGAGCCGCAAGUGAGCCCGAUGAAGCUUAG